ACGCCUCGCCUUUUCAAGCGCCCUUUCCAUUGUUUCCAUUUCCACCCUCGCAUCCACCGCGCCGCCGCCGGAAAGAGAGGAAGGGUUUCCAAUGGAGAACGGCGAGGAGACGUUCGCCUCCCCCGCCGCAGCCGCCGCCGCGGAGUUCGAGUUCGACCCGGCCAUCACCAACGGCGGGGACCGCACCAAGCCCCACGACGCGGACGAGAUCGACGCCCUCCGCGCGGCGAAGCGCGACCUGGAGGAGAAGCUCGACGCCGUGGGCCACCAGAACCGCUUCCUGUCCUCCGAGUCCCACCGCCUCGAGGUCCUCGUGUCCCAGGCCCAGGACGAGAUCGCCUCCUUCGAGCACGCCGCCGCCGCCAACGAGAGUGAGGCCACCUCGCUCCGCGCCGAGGUCAAGCGCCUCAAGGACCUCCUCGCCGCCGAGAAGUCCGGCCACGAGGCGGAGAUGCGCAGGGGCGCGGGGCUUGGGGACCAGCUGCAGACCGCGUACCAGGAGAAGGUCGCCCUCGAGGAGGAGAUCGAGGCACUGAAGGCUUCCGCCACCGCCGCAGAGAAGGAGAAGGGGGAGGAGGAGUCGGCUGCUCCCUCGGCCGUGACGCCUAAGGACGCGGGGGCGGCGUCUCCCCACCUGGUGGCGGCCGCGGCUGCUGGAGCCGCUGCCACGGCCGCCAUCGCGGUGGUCUUGCUCAACCUCAAGAGGUAAUCCGGUGGUCCGACGCGUGGGAAGUUUUGCUCUGCUGCUAUGGCCUAUAUGAGAAUGGAUAACCCGUUUUGUGGCGGUACUAGUAUUACUGAACUCGUAGUAGUAUCUUUACUAUCUCGCUGGUUAAUAGAUUAGAGCAACGUAUAGUGUUGGGCCCUUAUCGCAAGUCCUUUUCCUUUCCGCAGUUUUCCAUGCUAAUAAGAGUUGUGAACACAAGUGUGAGAGACAUCUUAGUUGCGGUCUGUUCUGAAGUUGCACAUGAUUCCAGACUACAAGCUAUUAUCACUUGAUUAAUUUCUAUUGUUAUGCCCCUUGCAGUCC